AGCGCGGAACCAGUUAUGAACCGGAUCGCGACCUGACGUGAAAAAGUGUAUCACAUCACAUAACAUUUUUCGUAUUAAUUUGGAACGUAAAUUGUGUCCCCCAUCGCGACAGGAGUUUUCACCCGGGAAAAACGAGUGCGGAGGAGUGGCGCAUAGGAGUGAACGCCAAGGAGGAGCACUCCCACACCGAAGCAUCAAACGAAUCGAACGAAACGCAUCCCACAUCCCCCGCAUGCAAUUGAUUGAUUGAGAGCACGAGACCACGAGUUCUAGGGCGAUAUGCAUUCGUCACUCAACUGGACAUCACGCGCGAUCUCGCGCGUCCUGCGCAACAGCUUCUCCACGCUCCUGGAGACGGCCACGGGAGGCGGAGGAGGGGCAGCCGCCAAGGGGGCCUCCAAGUCUGGAGCAGGAGCAGGAUCCUCGGGCGCCCCACGACCCCGUUUCGUUUCCGUCGUCUGCGGCUUUGCCAAGGACAACCUGCGACACAAGUACAAGCCGGGAAAGUACGGCGAGGACUCCUGGUUCAAGGCCUCCACAGCCAGCGCCGAUGUGAUGGGCGUGGCCGACGGCGUGGGCGGCUGGCGGAGCUAUGGCAUCGAUCCCGGGGAGUUCUCCUCGUUUCUGAUGCGCACCUGCGAGCGCCUGGUGCAGUGCAGCCACUUCAAUCCCCAGCGACCGGUCAACCUGCUGGCCUACAGCUACUGCGAGCUGAUGGAGCAGAAGAAGCCGAUCCUCGGGAGCAGCACCGCCUGCGUCCUGAUCCUCAACCGUGAGACGAGCACCGUGCACACGGCCAACAUCGGCGACAGCGGCUUCAUUGUGGUGCGGCAGGGCCAGGUGGUGCACAAGUCAGAGGAGCAGCAGCACUACUUCAACACACCCUUCCAACUGUCCCUGCCCCCGCCAGGACAUGGCCCAAAUGUCCUCAGCGACAGCCCGGAGUCGGCGGACACCAUGAGCUUCCCGGUGCGCGACGGCGACGUGAUUCUCAUUGCCACGGACGGAGUGUUCGACAACGUGCCCGAGGAUCUGAUGCUGCAGGUGCUCAGCGAGGUGGAGGGCGAACGCGAUCCCGUCAAGCUGCAGAUGACGGCCAACAGCCUGGCGCUGAUGGCCCGCACCCUGUCCCUCAACAGCGAGUUCCUCUCGCCCUUCGCCCUCAGCGCCCGGAGGAAUAACAUCCAGGCGAGGGGCGGCAAGCCGGACGACAUCACCGUCGUCCUGGCCACCGUGGCGAUGUGAGAUGCGUGGUGGUGCCCCCCUGCCCCAACCAUCCUCCCUAGUGAUUAACGUUUACUUGUAGUCCGUACGUGUUUAGUUAGCUUUAGGAGCCUGUUCCGUGGUUCUGUCUACCGUUUAAGCUGCAUGUUGAAAUUGAGAUUGUGGAUGAUGACGAGGACGACACAAAGAUGCAAUGACGCAACGACGACCCUUGACCCCAUGAAUUGUUAGUUACAUAUAUACGAGAAAACUCAUUUUCGAACAACCGACGAACUUCGACGCAUCCUGGUGAGCGACCCCCGCCUUGAUUGUAUACAUAACCCCUCGCUGUAAGUAGAGAAAUGCGAACUAUCUGCCAGAUCUGGCGAUCUCUGUCGUCAGUGGCAUUCUAAUCACCACAAACAAUAAACAAACAACCGAUUGCGAAACAAACUUCGACGCCGAGGAUUAGGAAUACGAGUCUGGGGUCCGGAUAAUGGACCCGGAAUGGAGCCGAGUCGAUUCGAGUGCAGCUAUCUGACUGAGGACUGAGGAUUAGCCGGGAUUUAACCAGGCGAACGAACUGUCUUUAAACAAUUUUUGUCGAAAUGUACUCACUGAUAUUUGCGACCCAAUAAAAUUAUUCAUUGAAAACCCA